CCGAGGCUAUCUGUUAUAUUAAUAAAGCAGAUUUGUCGUCAAAUUACGUAUUCUUCAGCAUCGAGAAUGGAGUCUACGAUAUUCUCCACAGUGAUAGUGUGGCAACGAAUCAUGCGAUGUAUUUACUUUGCGAUGAUGGAACAUCGCCUAUUAAGUUAGUUUGUCAACCGAAUAAUAGGUUCAAUGUGCCAUUUCCCAGUGCCGGUUGCACCAAAGUGUUUAAGCCAACUGUUGAAGAGAUAUUAGAUAACUCUUGUCCUCAUACCAUGUACCGCGUGGGUUAUAAGUACAGCAAUAGGUUUAUGGAGGUCUAUCGGAGCUGCUACGAUAGUGUGAAUUACGCAGCGCAAUUUUCCAUCAACAAGGUUUAUCCGAGCAGAGAAUCUGCUCCUCGUCAGGAUAAAGCCUUCACCGCUGACCGAGCGAUGACCGCCAGAGAUGCUGCCGCCUACUCGCUUUCGCGAAUUUACCAACGUUUUAAUAGUGUUCUGGGUCCAAACCAGAAUUAUGUGUCUUCUAACCCACCAAACCCCUUCGAUCAUGGCCACCUGACGCCAAGCGGAGAUUAUUCCUUUGAUCAGUUUCAAAAAGCCACCAACAAGCUGCGAAACGUUGUUCCACAAUAUUCCAACAUUAAUAAUGGGAACUGGAAGAGGGUAGAGUUUUGGGUAAAACGACUUCUGGUUAGACAAAACUAUGAUGUCCUCAAGGUCUGCACAGGGGCAUUGGGGGUGCAAAAGUUGGCAAAUCAGAAUAGAGUUCCGACCCCCAUGUACCUGUUGGCCAAUAACAGAAUUCCCAUUCCCGAGUGGAUGUACAAAAUUGUUAGCCAUAUCUCAGGGCAACAAUGGGUUGUCAUAACCCACAACGAUGGAAUAACUUCUAGAAGACCGGAUCCUAAUACCAUUUGCCAGGUGAUACCAUGUGACCCCGAUUUGAACCCCAGUGGAGUGGGUUCUACAUUUUGCUGUAAUCCCUUUAACUUUAUUCGACAAAAUGUUCCACACUUGACGGGUGUUUGUUAG